GAGUGUUGUUUCUCACUCAGAGAGGGCGUUACACAGUCAGUGAAGUCACGUCAAAAUGAACACACCGCUCUGAAGUAAACCAGGGAUGAUUUAUCUGGAAGACUCAGAAGACACAUUUCUGUAGUGUUUCCUCCGUUUCAGAUCCAAAGGAACUUUCUUCGAUAUCCGUGACUGUCACUUAAAUCGCCAUCAUGGGUGAUGUGAUUUCUACCAACCUGGACGAAGGCAAGCGGGAGAUGAUUACAGCCCGCACUAGCGCUGUGAUGGCAGAGUUUGGGAGGUUUUACGAGCAGCAGUACGCCGUGGCUUUAUUCAACAGCGUGCGCUAUGAGAUUGAAGGAGGAGGGAAUACCCAAACACAACUGCUACAUAGAAAGGACCCUCUGAAGAACAAGUCCAUCUUCUCUGGAAGUCUGUUUCAGUAUCUGGAGGAGAGCAAGAAAUGGAGGAGCCGCUUUUUGUAUGUGGGCGACUCCUACAACAUCAGCUUGUUUGAAAGCAAAGCGGCACAUGAUCGAGGUCUCCAUUCCAAAGGGCUCAUUAACUGUGCUGGGUACAGAGCCCUGACCUCUAUGGAGGAAUACCUGGGGCUUCUCAACAAUAGCCUGAGUGAUACAAAGGCCAAAGCUGCCAGUGCCCCGUUUCUAAAAUGUCCCACACAGUUUCCCAUCAUCCUGUGGCAUCCAUACGCCCGCCAUCACUACUUCUGUGUCAUGACAGAGAAAGAACAGAAGAAGUGGCAUGCCGUUUUCCAGGACUGUGUAAGACACAGCAACAACGGACUGUCGGAAGAGUGCAAGGUAGCGACACCAGCUUUUACAGACGCACUACGUCUCUACAGGCAGGCCAAGGGUCACUAUGGCACAUGGGACAUGAUGUGUGGAAACCAAGCACAGAUUCUUGCUAACCUGGUGAUGGAGACUUUGCACCCUGAACUGAAAAAUCUGAUUGUACCUCGGCUGAAAGGAAAACUACAACAGAGGCAGAGGGACUGGAUGCUGAUCUCAGAUGCAGUAUACAAGCAGGUGCUUUCACAGACAAAAACUCAACACGAAGCUCUGGCUCAAGUAUGUGAGGUGGAGCGCCCCCGUCUGGACUCUGCUCUCCGCACCGAUAUGGACCAGAUCAUCACGUCCAAAGAGCACGUUGCUGGAAAGAUCCGUGCAUUGGUGUUGCCUCGUGUCGAACAGCUUGUGAGAAGCAAGGUUCAACCGUACAUCCACUCCAUCCUGGAGGCCCUCAUGGAGCCCACCAGCAGAGGAUUCUCUGAAGUGAGGGACAUCCUCUUCCGUGAGCUGGUGGAGGUCAGCAAGAACACAAUGAACGAAAGCAGCAAGGAGAAACUGGGAGAGCAUAUGGACAAGAUUUCCAUGUUGGCCUUCCAUCCGGUGAAGAUGCAGAGCUGUUAUGAGAAGAUGGAGGCGUUGAACCUUGAAGGUCUCCAGCAGAGAUGUGACGUGUCCAGUCCCUCUGUGUUCAUCCAGAGAGCUCAGAUCCUUAUGAGACAGCAAAUGGAUAACGCCGUGCACACGUUUGAGCAGUUGGUCCAUCAGAGUCUAGACGGCCACAGCGGGGAGGAUCUCUGCAAGACCAUCCAGCGCUGUCAGGACCGAGUGCUCAAAAAAUAUGACUAUGACAGCAGCACAGUGAGGAAGAAGUUCUUUAGGGAGGCUUUGCUUCAGAUCAUCAUACCAUACAUGCUGAAACAGCUCUCCCCAUCCUGUUCACCGGAUCUGCCCAAGUUCAAGGAGCUCAUCUUUGAGGACUUCUCUAGAUUCAUACUAGUCGAGAACAUCUUCGAGGAGCUGGUCCUGCAGUCAGUCAGCAAGGACAUCAUGAUGGCUGUUAAGGAAGCUGCAGUCCAGCGAAGGCACAACCUGUACAGAGACAGCAUGGUCCUGACCAACAGCGACCCCAACCUCCACCUGCUAGGAGAAGACACCAUUGACUGGGCCGGCCAAUUCGCAGGAGUAAAAGGAGAAAAACAAGGCGGCGAAGUCACCAACAGAAAACGCAAACAAAUCGUCUCCAUGAUUCACCUAGACGGGAUGCCUCUGCCGUACGAGUCCUGCCUGGAAGUACCAGGAGUGGACGGAAUCCCAGAGGAGAACGAAGGACAGGCAGAACAAGUUGUUGAAACAGAAAAACCUGUGAACCCAAUACAGCAAGUACACAUAGAGAAAGAACCAGGUUCCCCAGACAGCGUCAAUGAAAUCCGAGACCUCAUAAACCCUGUGCUGGAAGUUGUCGAAAAAGACAGCUCGCAGUUAACCAACGGGACGUUGGCGUUGGAAGAAGGCGAUGAGGUGAAACACAUCACAACCAUAACAGAGAUGGUGCCAAGGGAGUCACCAAACAAAGUUGACGGAGAAUUAGAUACCCCAAAGAUCGGACUAGAAGAGGAGCAGUGCGCCUCGCCAUCCGCCAUCGAAAGCGCCAUUCAACAGAUCGAAAUCGCCAUCCAGGAAGACCCAGGUGAGCACCUGAGUGAAGGCGCCAUUGACUCUGAUGGGGAAUUCCCUCAAACAUCUACCAACUCGAGCCCUCUACAUCACGACGACAGCGGGUUUCAGUCUCCAGCCAAUGAGAAUGUAGAAGAAGUGGAGCCUCAGCCAAUCACAGGGGACGAGGUGGUGGACACAGAGCAGGUGAUGUUAACUCUGGUGGAAGGAGUGAAAACUAGCAUCGAUUUAGACACCAAAGCGUCUUGUGAUGCUUCGGAAGAGAAAUCUGAAGUUGAAACUACAGCAGAGAAAUGCUUGCUUUGAGUGAGAUAUAAAACAUAUUUUAUAAACUGAAAGUGUUUGCUUUGUCAGCAACACUUAAUUUUUUUUUAUUUCAUUUUAUUUUUAAUUAGUUUUAUUUUGUUUUCCCAGUUAAUUUAGACAUUGUGGAUGUUCACCAAGGAAAAGUUUGUAUAUAUAUCUAUUAAAUAUUCUCAUACAGCAUAUACACAGA